AUGAUGGAGGCACAGUGUAAUUGGGCUGGAGACAACACAAAUAGGAAUUGGGACUGGGUUGCUUGGGUUGACAAGACCACCCUUAACACUGGGGAACAGCUGGAGCAACCAAGAGUAACUGGGAAGAAGGGAGAAGUAUACCUCCCCAAAUACAUGAAAAAGGGGGAUCUGUUUUGGCUUGAGUUGUUCCCUUGGGCUGUUGGGAAGAAUGGGCAUGUGAGUGGUGGGGGACUCACUUCUGAAGGAUAUGCCAAACAGAUUACCAAUGGCCCGCUCAACCAAUUUUUAGCUGAUCUAGAGGUUGAGCAGGGUCACAAAAUUCUGGUUGUGGAAGAUGGGGCAGCUGCACAUAGGGGUAUAGCCGCACAAUGCGCUCAAAAAGAGCUUGGGAUAGAACAACUACCCCACUCAUCAAAUGCCCCUGAUCUUAACCCCAUUGAACCUCUGUGGAAUAUCUUCAAGAAGCAUGUAUUCAAGAUCCCUGGGGCUUGUAAGAACCUGGACAAGCUCUGGAAAGCAGCCAAGAUGGUUUGGGAUGCAUUUACUGAGGAGGGUAUCAACAAAUAUACUGACAGGAUGGAUGCUCAUGUUGAGGCUGUUAAAGUAGCAAAAGGCUGCCCAACUGAAUUCUAA